AGCAUCAGCAGCCCCAGAGCAGCGGAGGGAACCGGGAACGAGAGCAAAUAAGUGCGAGGCGAAGAACUAAGAAGGCGCGCGCCGAUUCCCGAGGGUCGACGACGCCGUCGGCCAGUUGCGGCAAACGCGUGGUCGGCAUCGCCUCUUCCCCGCAAUCCCGAGUGUCCCGCAUCCGAUCCAGAAUAUUUCGCACUCGCAUUUACCAUCUCCCGACUCUCGGACUCGCUCGAUUUUCCAAGACAACUCGACAAAAGGCAGGCUUACUUGACACGCCGAAUAUAAUAUAAACGGAGCACCGAUUUUUACCGAUCGAGUCGCAGAUCCAUCCACCCACCUCACCUCACCCCACCCCCUCCUCCCCCCCCGAGGAAAACUACCAGGUGUAACAUACAAAACGUAUAAAACAGCCGGAAACGGGAGGUUGGAUACAGCCAUGAGUUACGCGGGGAAUCCAGACUCUGCGCCAACGGGAUUCUGUCCUGCCCCACCCCCGCCUCCGCCGCCCCCACCAGUUCCUGGACAAGCGCCAGCCUUAAGGAUCAACACCGCAGAGGCGCCGAGGCCCAGGAGACCACAGAACAACAGCAACGAUGCGUACGAACCGCCGGCCGCGAUUCAAAACGCGAUGAUGACCAAAGACAAGAAACCUUUCACCUACACGCCCGGCAUGGGUGGCAAACUCGACCUCUCGCAAAUCCGAAGUCCCAGGAUGGCGAGACGCGUCGCCAAGAACGCGAACGACGAGGGGAUCGAGGGGCCCCCAAAAUCAGCCCUCGAACCGAAACCGGCGGCCCCGUCGGUCGGACCCAAUCUCUACGUCCAGCCCCAGGUCGCCGUUCCCGUAUUCCCCACCAACAUCCCGACGCAGCCGUCGACCGUCAACAGGACUCCAAGCACUCACGUAAAUCGCGUCCCUUCAAACGCAUCGAACAACGGUCGAAACGAGGGCAAGGUCACGCCGAUCACCAUCGUUCCCAGCGUCCCGUCAUCGCCCCAGACACCGACGUCGCCGCCUCAGGUCACCCUGGCCAAGGCGCCAACCCCUUGGCUCCAGAACAAACCGAAGCAGCAGGAGGAUCUGCCGGAGUGGGCGAAGCGAGCCAACGCCAACAAGCCGAUCGAGGUAUCGAUCGAGAGUUCGAUCGCUUCUCCGGUCACCCAGCAACCACCCUUCGUUCAGUCGAGCCCGCCGCCCUCUAACCCUCAGCCUCAGUUCGCCCAGAGACAAGUCCCGGCUUCUCAGCCUCGACAGCAGGAUCGCGUCAUUCCGAUACGCAUCGAGGACAGACCCUCUGUGUUUUCGGUGAAAAACGAGCCCGGCCAUCACCAGUUGAAGCAAGCACCAAAUCAGCAGCAGAGAUGGGGCCAGCCUCAGCAGGCCCAACAGCAGCAACAGGGUGGAACCCGCAUUAUACCGAUAAUGGUUGACGACAAUACUCAGUCUCAGGGACGAACGAUACCUGUCGAGAUUCAGGGCCCGAAAGUGGUGAUUCAGAGAGGUUCACCGGGGGUGGUUAUUAAUCAGCAAGAACCCGGCCCCGUGCAGUCGAGGUCGUUCAGAGUCCUCCAGAAGAUAACCGAUACCGAUUCCGACACCGACGUUGACGGUAAUUCAGAACAAAUACGGAAACUACAACUUACCGAAGACGACAAAGUACUGAUGAGCAAAUUCAAGGAGCAAGUGGACGGCGAAACGUAUCUCCACCAAGAAGAAGACCCUCGAUAUCGUGGUGCGGCGAUUCCGUCUCGCGCAUUCCGUUUUCUUCAGACUAUGACAGAUUCCGGGGAAGUACCGUCUACUUCGAAUGCUCCACGUCCAGCAAGCGCGGUCAACAAGAAGCAGAACAGAAAUUCGAAAUCUUUCGAAGAGGCUCAGGCAAAUCUGCCGCCAAGCGAGCAGCAGGUCCAGGAGCCAAAGAAAUACAUGGGAAGCGCGAUACCGUCGAGAUCCUUCAGGAUGUUGCAGGCGAUGACGUCACCUGAGAAUAUCGCUCCGCAAGAAAAUCGCCAACAAGAUUUCACCUCUCGAACAGAGAAUAGCGUAACGGGCAAUCAGCAAUCCGGUUUAUUUUUCCCAAACUGUCCCUCGCCCUACUGGAACCCCGAGGGUGGCUGGUGGGGCUACUACCCCGUCCAGUACGCGACGCCCCCGCCACCCCCGUCGCCCCAAAAUGCCACCACCAACGUCAAUCCCCUCCAACCCAUUAACGUAGCAUACAAUCCGUACGCUUAUUGCGGCUACGGGGCGGACGGGAACUCUUACGCCUACUUUCACCCGGCGAUCUACGAUCAAAACUACGCCCAGACUUACGCUCAGAAUUACCCUGACCAAGGGCAGGCCGAAGGUCAGUCGCACGGAGAAACGAGCCAAGUCCAAGCUCAAGCUCAAGUUCAAGCUCAAGCUCAAGCUCAUUGUCAGACUCAGAAUCGACAAGUUGGUCAUCAAGCUUACGCUGUUCAUGGCUACAUGCCGAUGCCUCAGGUUUACUCGGCGGCCAAUGUAACCAACUGCCAUCCGCAGACUUACAACGCUGAUUUGGGCUACUGCAACGGAGUCGAGGAAACGGUCCCGUCGACGAUCCAGGAAACGGCUCACGAUCAGACGGCGAAAGCCGAGAGGAAGGAGCUCAAUUAUUUGACGGUACCGAAAUGGACGUGCAGUAAAAGCAAAGGUCCGAACAACGCUGAGAAUACGUCUUUGAAAACUAUUGGCGACGCCAAGUGGGUACAGGGACGUCGAGGCGCCGAUAAUAAGGACCCUUCGGGGUGUGGGCGGAAAACGGGCGACGAGGCCUCCUCCAAGGACUCCGAACCUGAGAGCGAUUCCAGCGAUUCCGAAAGCUCGGAGGACUCGGAGGACUCCAGUUCGACAUCCUCCUCGUCGAGCUCCGACAGCGGGUCCGAGUCCGAGUACCUGGCUUACACCAACGAGCCGAAGACGAAGGACAGUCUCAAGUCACCUUUGGAAAAAGACUGCCUUCAGUCAUUGUCGGGCACGACGAUAUCCGAGGACGGUUUCGAACACUCGUCGAGACUUUCGUCGGACAAGCUUAGCUGCAGUGACUGCGACUCGGAGGACGCCGACGACGAGUAUCAGAUCGAGUCGCUCAAUAAUGACUGCAUACUACCGCAUCAGCUCAGCGUGAUAUACGAGGAUUUUGAACAGACAGAGACCGAGAGUGAGUCGAGGAAGCUCGAGAGCGUCGAGGAGACGGCGGACGACGAGCCUCCUGACGACAGCGAGAGCACGACGGUAAGCGUCAGUCUUCCUCUGAGGUUUAAGUUCUCGGUGUCGGAUAACAACGAGGACGUGACGACCGUCGUUGUCGGUGACGGUGUGACGGUAAUGUCCGGAAGAACGGCGGGUUGUCGAGAGUCGAUGUCGAGGUCGCGGAGCGACCCGGACGAGAACAACGACGUUCACGUUAACUUGACGAUAAAGAAGAGCGACACCACUUCGGUUGACUUCACCCUGAAGAAGCAGAAGGAGUCGCAGAACGAGUCCUUCGACACGGAGUUUACUCUCAUUGACGAGGAGACGAGGAUCGACCUUCGGGAAACGAGGGACGAGUCCGUCAACGCCGUUGAGACUGACGAGAACGCGAACCUCGAGGGUGAGGCCAAGAUGGUUGACUGCAACGAUAACGUCGAGACCGAGCUGACGAUACGCAGGAAAAAGACGGACGUGACGAGGCACGUGUGGAAGAAGGACCUCGACCUCGAGGCGGUCAAGGACCUUGAGACAAUCGUGCGAAGCGAGGAACCCAAGGAGGAUACGGAGAGGGAAUACACGGUGAGGAAUCUGACGAGCAAUUCGGCCGGGUGCGGAUUCGACGCGGAGUUCGAGGAGACGACGUCGACGGCUGCGAUAGAGGACGACGUUCACAAGGAGACCAUCGAACAGAAGAGCCUCAGGAUCAAGGAGCGUGACACCGUGCAGACGGAGUUCGCCGUGAAGAAGGUGCGCGCCGUGCGGGAUUUGGCCGAGGAACCGGAAUCGGAGAAGGUCGAACAACCGGACGGAAACUCUUGCGGAAUAGCGAAACAGCGGCUAUUAACCGUGCAGAAUUCACGGGAUGAAACGGACGACGAGGACAGCGGCGUGACAUCCGACAUGAGCAGGCUCAUCUCCGAGGGCGACACCGACUCCGAGUGCGCGUCGAUCAAGAGGAUGAACAAGUACCAGAGGACCCAGACUCACUCCAGGCUCUUCAAGCUCCUUAACGACGACGCGAUACUCGCCGAGGAGGACUCCUCGGAGGAGUGCUACUCCCCGGCAAGGCGGGAGCACCUCAGUCUUCCCCUGAAGAUGAACGUGUUCAACUACGACGAGAACUACUACUCGAACUACUCGAGCGGGAUAACUUCUCCGGAGUAUUCGCCGCUGUGCGAACACUCAUGGAGGAGGAUACACGAGGGCAGGUCAUUGGAGUCGGAGAACAGCAGCUCGGUGACGACGCCGAACGAGUGCGUCGACAUCAUCGGCGAGGCUCUUGGAUACGGACUAUUUCCGGUUGCCGAUAAACCACCGCCGACCGACGACCCCUACUUCCAGACAUGGAAGAAGGUCGUCUCGCCGGUCGAGUUCGACUACGACAUUCUGCCCUCGAUCGCCUUCAAGAAGCUGAAGAAACUCGAGAACGGUUUCGCCAACUCACAGACAAAGAAUCACAGGAUAAACGUCCUCUGCCCGAGGAUCAAGAGUUCGAAAAACGUCCCGCAGGCGCUGCAGAUCCAGUCGCCCCGGAACCUCGUAACCGCCGCUUCGUCCAUUCCUUUCCUCUCCACGACAUCCUCGUUGAAAAAUGGCCACUGCUGAUGGCCCGGCCGCAGGCCGAGUGAAGUUAGGCCAAUUCAUCCGCAACCACUGAGGAGCGUUCCAAGUUUUGUCUAGUUUCGCAGGGCUGGGCUUAAAUCGUGCCCAGAAGGUACAGGCCACGUGUUUUUUUUAUCUAUCGGUCCAGACCAAACUGAUUACUAAACUGGCGCGAAGAUAAUUACUUAUCGUAAAUGUGGCAUUGCUAGUGUGUUUUUAUUUAAUUAUUAAAUUUAAACAAAAGGAAAAUCCAAGAAAGUAAGAAAGGCAAGGAAAAUAACCAUUCUUUCCUUAUAUCUCUUUUCUUCUUCUUCGUCUUCUUCUUCUUCUUUUUAUUUUUAUUUUUUAAGAAAACAAAUAAUAAUAAUCCGCGAUAUUUAUAAUAAAAAAUAAUAAUAUUAAUCAUCAUCAUAAUUUAACCUCUGCCUCGAAAUUUCGCAGUGUGUAUAUACAUAUAAUACAUGAUUAUACUAUAUAUCGUUUCGCGAACCUGUUAUUAUAUUUUAUAAUUAUUAAUAUUCCCGAUCAACAAGUGCAAUGUCAGAAAUCAUACGGUGGUAAAUGUAUUUAACGACGAUCAGAGAUGAAGGAGAAGAAUUUCCGAAAGUAACCAGAAAAAAGAGAGAAAUCAUCAGACAAACACCGCGCAUGGAGGUCGUGAGAAAAAAAAUUAAACAUAAUUGAUCGUAUAAUUUCUAUAAUGUGAAACACCGAAUCGACAGCCUAUUAUAUACGUAAAAUGCAUAUAUAAUUCGAUGAUUCUGCUUCGUUUAUUGAAUAUACGUUCUCGAUCGUUUCGUGUAUUUUAUAAUGAGCGGUUUAUUCUUCUUCUCGACAUGCGACACUUCUUGCGUCACGUGCGCGAAUUAUAAUCGAUGACAGUUACAUGUCAGGUACAACGAUCGUGGUAAAUGUACUUUACUGCCACUGGUUACGCGAUCAAAUCGUA